AUGCCGAAUAUUAUGUGGAAUUCGCCGGAUGACUUGGACUUAGUGCUUGCAUCAAUCCAAGAUGAUCUGCGUAAGCAAGUUGCUGAAAUGCGAAGCCAGGUGGCUAACUUCAAGCCAAGACUCGCGAUCGUACAGGUGGGAGGUCGAGAGGACUCCAACGUCUACAUCAGGAUGAAGCUUAAAGCCGCUGAAAACAUUGGCAUACACGCUGAGCAUAUCAAGCUGCCGAGAGACUGCACAGAGGCUGAGCUCCUAAUAAGACUCACUGAACUGAACGAGUCUCCUGAUGUCCAUGGCAUUAUAGUCCAGAUGCCCCUCGAUUCCAUUCACCCGAUAGACAGCCAUCUUAUUACUGACGCUGUUUCGCAAUACAAGGAUGUUGAUGGAUUAAACACUCAGAACGAAGGUCGAACAGCACUCGGGGACCUGUCUGGUUUUGUGCCAUGUACCCCUGCUGGUUGCAUUGAGCUAAUCAAGAGGACUGGAGUGUCUAUUGCUGGCAAACGUGCGGUGGUUCUGGGUCGUAGCCGUAUUGUGGGAACACCUAUAUCUGAGCUGCUUAAGUGGGAGCAUGCUACUGUCACCAUUUGCCACUCGAAGACGGCGAAUUUGAGCGAAGUGACUAAGACCGCAGACAUCCUGGUCGUUGGUAUCGGAAAGCCAGAAUUGGUUCGCGGAUCAUGGAUCAAGCCAGGGGCCGUAGUCAUCGACUGUGGUAUCAAUCCUAUCCCAGACUCAACAAAAAGCAGCGGUCAACGCUUAGUGGGUGACGUUGCAUACGCAGAAGCAGUCCAGGUCGCGUCUCACAUCACGCCAGUGCCUGGUGGUGUAGGGCCGAUGACCGUGGCCAUGCUCAUGCGCAACACCGUGAUCGCGGCUCAACGCCAUGUCGAUCGACUUAUUGCACCCGUUUGGCCGCUGAAAGUUCUUCGUCUCAAUACCUUAUCUCCUCCACCGAGUGACAUUAUCAUUGCACGUUCGCAAAAGCCGAAAGACAUCAGUCUCUUGGCUGAUGAACUUGGUCUGUUCCCGAGUGAAAUCUCCCAAUAUGGACACACUAAAGCCAAGAUAUCGCUCAAAGUACUCGAUCGUUUGAAGGACCAGCGCGGUGGGAAAUACAUCGUUGUUGCUGGUAUAACACCAACCCCACUUGGUGAAGGGAAGAGUACUACGCUGCUAGGUUUGGUACAAGCGUUGACAGCGCAUCGGGGUCGCAAUACUUUUGCGUGCAUGCGUCAGCCCAGCCAAGGACCGACUUUUGGAGUUAAGGGAGGUGCCGCUGGAGGAGGCUACUCUCAGGUUAUUCCUAUGGAAGACUUCAAUCUUCACUUAACAGGCGAUAUCCACGCAGUCACCGCCGCGAACAAUCUCCUAGCCGCACAAAUGGAUGCCAGAAUAUUCCACGAACUGACCCAAAAGGACGGUCCCUUAUACGACCGUUUGGUACCAAAAAUCAAGGGCGUGAGGAAGUUCUCGCCUAUACAAUUGAGGAGGUUGAAGAAACUUGGCAUUGACAAAACUGAUCCGGAUUCCCUUACUUCCGAGGAGAGGGUGAAAUUCGCGAGAUUAGACAUCGACACUAACAAGAUUAUGUGGAAUAGAGUCGUCGACCUCAACGACAGAUACCUCCGUAAGAUCACAAUCGGACAGUCACCGACUGAAAAAGGAUUUACUCGCGAGACUAGCUUUGACAUAUCCGUCGCGUCCGAAAUAAUGGCUGUGCUGGCUCUUGGAAAAGAUGUGGAGGAUAUUAAGGAGCGACUCGCCAACAUGGUCGUAGCACUCGAUAAACGGGGUAACCCAGUAACUGCUGAUGACCUUGGAGUAACUGGAGCUCUAAUGGUCCUCCUCAAAGACGCAUUCGAGCCAACUCUCAUGCAGACACUUGAAGGCACACCAGUGCUAGUACAUACAGGACCUUUUGCGAAUAUUGCCCACGGUUGCUCGUCCAUACUUGCGGACAAAAUCGCCAUGAAACUUGUCAAGGAGAAUGGAUAUGUGGCAACGGAAGCCGGUUUCGGAUCUGAUAUUGGAAUGGAGAAAUUCUUCGAUAUCAAGUGUAGGGCCGGUGACGAUAAGCCACAUUGCGCUGUGAUCGUAUGCACUGUUCGUGCCUUGAAGAUGCACGGAGGUGGACCCACCGUCAGUCCUGGGCUCCCACUGCACCAGGUCUACGUUGAGGAAAACUUGGACCUCCUCAGCAAAGGAUUGUGUAACUUGGCCAAGCACAUCAGUAACGGAAACAAAUUCAACGUGCCAGUCGUCAUAGCCAUCAACAAACAUGGCAAUGAUACACAAGCCGAACUUAACAUGGUAAAAGAGUUUGCUAUAAAAAAUGGCGCUUACCGCGCUGUUAUUUGCGAUCAUUGGGCGAAAGGUGGCGCUGGUGCAUUGGACUUGGCUGAUGCAGUCAUAGCAGCUUGUGAAUCACCAUCCAACUUCAACUACCUGUACUCACUAGACCUCUCCAUACAGGAGAAGAUACAGAAGAUCGCCUUCGAGAUGUACGGAGCUGGCAAAAUUGAAUACACAGAUGACGUUCUUGAGAAAAUCAAACGUUUUACUGAGAAGGGCUACGACAAGUUCCCAAUAUGCAUGGCAAAAACCUCUAACUCCCUGACCGGAGACCCGAGCAUCAAGGGAGCACCAACUGGCUUUACCCUCCGUAUCAACGACAUUUUCGUCUCCGUGGGCGCUGGCUUCGUAGUACCCAUGGUGGGUGAGAUAUCCAAGAUGCCUGGUCUUCCAACACGUCCAAGUAUCUACGACAUCGACUUGAACACCACCACUGGAGACAUCGAAGGCCUCUUUUGA